AGCUCGGAGGGGACGAAAGAGCUGCGGCCCCGCCGGCCCGGGUAGGCGACGACCUUCGAGAGCCUCCGGCUCAAACGUGAGGAGAGGGUUUGGGGGUGCUCAGUGGAGAGAGGCCAUUAACAGCGGGCCGCGCAGUGCCUCGCAGAAGGCCUUUCUUGAGCGAACUGUCACCCGGGGAGAAACCGGAGAACGGCCCGGGUCUGGGCUGGACCUGUGGACACCUGGCGCCCACUCGGCCACUCGGGGCUGGUGCAAUCCGGAGAACCGCCUCGAGGGGGCGCUGCCGAGCUGGCGCUUGCGGAGGCGGCUGCUCCUGUCCCUCGUUUGGACAAGUAUCCCAGAAGUCUCUGACAUGCCUCGAACCUCUCUGCCUCGAGGUCUGGAAUGUGACCUGGCUCAACACCUGGCUGGCCAGCAUUUGGCCAGGGCCCUGGUGGUGAAGUCACUGAAGGCCUUUGUGCAGGACCCAGCUCCCAGCAAGCCAUUGGUCCUUUCCCUGCAUGGCUGGACGGGCACCGGGAAGUCCUAUGUUAGUUCCCUGCUGGCACAGUAUCUCUUCCGUGGUGGCCUCCGCAGCCCUCACGUGCACCACUUCUCCCCUAUUAUCCAUUUCCCACAUCCCAGCCACACGGAGCAGUACAAGAAGGAGCUCAAGACCUGGGUCCAGGGGAACCUCACUGCCUGUGGCCGAUCUCUUUUCCUCUUUGAUGAGAUGGACAAGCUGUCCCCUGGCCUGAUGGAAGUCCUGCAGCCCUUCCUGGGUCCCUCUUGGGUUGUAUAUGGGACCAACUAUCGCAAAGCCAUCUUUGUCUUUAUCAGCAAUACUGGUGGUGAGCAGAUCAACCAGGUGGCCCUGGAGGCCUGGCGCAGCCGCAGGGAGAGAGAGGAAAUCAGCCUGCAGGAGCUGGAGCCUGCAGUCUCCCGAGCUGUGCUGGACAACCCUCAUCAUGGCUUCUGGCGGUCUGGCAUCAUGGAGGAACACCUGCUGGAUGCUGUGGUGCCCUUCCUCCCACUCCAGCGGCAUCACGUGCGCCACUGUGUACUCAAUGAGCUGGCUCAGUUGGGCCUGGAGCCCCGAGAGGAGGUGGUCCAGGCUGUACUGGACAGUACUACCUACUUCCCCGAGGAUGAACAGCUCUUCUCCUCUAACGGCUGCAAAACAGUGGCCUCCCGAAUCACGUUUUUCCUCUGAGAACCCCCAGUGGUGUCAUCGCCACCUCUGCAUAGACAGAACAAACAAGAAAGGCCUGGGUGUCUCCAGGACUACUCUUUCCUAAGCUGGCUGGCAAGUGGGACCCAGAGCACAAAAGUUAAGAUGAAGAAAGGUGUUGGCCAGGCCAAGGAAGAAAGGCCUAGAAGGCGUCUUUGCUGGGAAAUUCCUGAGUACCCUAGAACCUCACAGCCUUGCCAUUGCCCUGCAGCCUGAGGCUUCUCAAUGUGAACUGCAACUCAGGGACAAAGACUUGUGGCUGCCCCCAUGUGGGGUCUUCUACCUGCAUGCCUUGCCUGGCUUUAGCCAGAUCUCAGCCCACAGCCUGAGGCUGGACCCAGAAGUUCAGCAAGGCCAGGCUAGCGCCUCAUAGUUUCACCAAAUGGAGGGAUUCAAGCUGCCACCUGAGCCUGGAUUUCAAAGUUUUUAAUUUUGUACAAGAAGAGAACAGGGAUAAUAAACUUAGCCAUGGGAUUAGAA